AACAGUGUUUAUUGGGUUGUCAAAGGCAAAAGUUGUUGACACUGCAAAAAUAUGCCAUUACAAACUCUUCUUUGGCAUCUGAUAAGGCAAAGAAUGGCUUCAACAUGCCCAACUUAGUGAGAGAUUAAGUAAUUAGCCUCUUGUCUUCUUGUAGUGCUAAAAAAAAUGAGAAACCAAUGUGAAAAUGAGAGGCAUGGAUUUCUACAGGAUAGAACAGAUUGAUCUUAGUUGGUUGGCUUCAACAUGCCCAACUUGGUGAGAGAUUAAGUUAAUUAACCUCUUGUCUUUUUGUAGUGAUAAAAAAAAAAUGAGAAACCAAGGUGAGAAUGAGAAGCACGAAUUUCUACAUGACAGACCAGAUUGAUUUUAGUUGGUUGUUGGGAUUCCAAUGUGAAUUGUACUUAUUUCUUUUCUAUGUUAAUGGUGAAAUCCAAAUUCACCUAAUCUUAUGAAUUCUUUAUCACAGUGAUUACUAGCCUAAAACUGAAUUAUUUUGGUUCACUACAUGAAUCUCCAAGAUAGAACUUGAUGGAUUUCCCUUUUAUAUUAUAUACCAAUGCUAUUAUACCAUGAAAACUGUGUUUACCAUAUUGUGAAGUGGGUUGUUGGGAGCCUUUUAGUCUGGUGGAUGUACACCCUAGGAAGUGAAAACACUUUUGCUUGUAAGACAAUAGGUUACUAAUAUCAAUCAUACCCAGAUCCUUUUCUUGAAGCAAAUGGUAGCUGACACUGAUCCAAGUAAGCAAUACGUUUGAGUUUGGUGUGUGGUUGAGAUGAAUUGAAGUGGGUCAAGAGAAAAAAAAGUUGAGAAUUACUGUAAAAGCAUCAACUUGGAUGCCAUAGUAUCAACAAUUGGGUGGUUUAUUAAUGAAAUGAAGAUAGACUUUAGGAUGGAAGAUUCCAUGAUUUGGUCUCACUUUCAUUAUUUUAUUAGUCUAAAGUUAGGGGUGCGAAUUGGCCCAAAACUUGAAUUAUUCAAACAUCGUCAAGGUACAAAACAAACUUGUAGUUUAUUUGUGGUUUGUAUAAGUUGGUGUGGUGCUCUUUCCACUUGAAAUAUGCUCCAUUAUCUCCCUCGUUUUGUUAGGUGAGGAAACAGGUAAGGAAGCUUGAAAAUGGACUCUUUUACAUGAUGAUGGUUUCUUUUGUUUACAUCAUAUAGUACUCCCUUUCACUCUCUCUGCUUCUUGGAAUGAGAAUGAGGCUGAGGGAGGGCUUUUGCUUCUUGAUGAUCCUCAUUGCUAGUAUCCAUGUGGUUGCUUCUCAAAUGACACACCAUAAGAAAUGUCUGGAGGCCACCAUUGCCGAAUGCUUCCCAGGGGAAGAGUUGUUCAUGGAGUCUGAAGUGAGCUACCGGUUUCUUGCAGAGGCAAGGGCCAAGUCUAUAUCAUACGGGGCUCUCACUCCAGACAAAGGGAUCUGUAAAGGCUCAACACCAGCAUACAGCAGCUGCCUACCGGGCCCAAACAAGGGGUCCGACCGCGGCUGCAAGUCUACCUAUCGCUGCCGUUCAGGGUCCUGAUGACCAAACGAUUAUGUUUUUUUUUUUUGUUUUUUUUCACCUAAGCCCCAGCACCCAUUUGUUUCCAAGGCUAUGCCACCCCCUUUUGUUUCUCCUGAGUUUGGAGCUAUGUUUCUUGUGUGUGAGUUGGUUGAUACAAAUAAAAAAGCAUUGGGAGUGGGAGUGCUUUCCUGCCAUGGCUGUUCUCAAGUGUAACGAUCAUUUUGGUUUCAGAUAUCAUAAAGAAAACAUGAACUUCAUAUUGAAUGUGAAGAGGAGAUCCAUCUCCAUAUCUAUAUCUUGUAGUGUGGAAAGAUGUUGACCUCAACUUUGUUGUGUAGUGCGCCACUUACAAGUGGAAAAGAUAUGGGCCUCCUCUUCUAUUUUGGAAUAGAGUCUCCAGGUUAUCAUUACCAUGAGAGGUGUGGGGUCUUCGUCCAGCAAAUGCUCACAUUGUAUCACAGUAAUUACUAAUUUUUUUUAUCUCAAUCCUGUGAGACGUUACUACGUUUAAAGCCAUGAGGAGUGAGGACCUAUUGGAACCCCAUAGUCUGACCGAAUAUAUAUUCUCCAUGUUAAAACCGUUUUCGAGAAUGGACCGUUUUUAAGAAUGGUUUCCAUCGUAAGGCGCGCUAUGAACAACACUGAUACAAACUUGGUGCUCUUCCGCAUCCUUGCUUCUAUCCAUGCCAUCUCCAUUGUCAUCGCUGUCACAGCUUCAUCAUCACCCUACACUCCUGUGGAGAACAUAGCUCUAGAUUGUGGAAGCCAUGGCCACAGCACCGCCCCUGAUGGCCGCAAAUGGACUAGUGACACCGGUUCGAAAUUCAUAUACUCCCAACUCAAUGCAUCUUCCAUCUCCAUGGCCUCCACCCAAGACUCCGUUCCACUGGUUCCUUACAUGACUGCUCGUAUCUUCACCUCCCAAUUCACUUACGCCUUCCCGGUAUCCCCGGGCCCCAAGUUCCUUCGCCUUCACUUCCAUCCGGCCUCCUACUCCAAUCUCGAUCCCUCCCACGCUUUCUUCUCUGUCACGGCAAACCACUACACGCUGCUUCACAACUUCAGCGCUUGGCUCACUGCUGGCUUUCUUAAUCAAACCCAUUUCAGUAAGGAGUAUUGUGUUUGGGUGAGCUCGGAGCAGCUGCUGAAUCUCACUUUCGCUCCAGUUGCAGGUGCUUUUGCCUUUGUGAAUGGCAUUGAGGUUGUUUCCAUGCCCACGGAUCUUUACCUCAAAGGUGAAGAUAUCUCCAUGGCUGGGCAAUCGCAGCCAUUCACGAUCAACAACGGCACUGCACUCGAGAUGGUUUAUAGAUUAAACGUGGACGGGCAAGCCAUUUCGGCCGUCGACGACACCGGCAUGUUCCGAGAAUGGUCUCAGGACGACUCCUUUAUCUUCGGACCCGCAGCUGGACAAGAUCCAUUUCAUCUCACAAUUAAGAUCAAAUUCACCAAGGUUCCACCCUAUACUGCGCCUGAGAUUCUCUACAGGACUGCUCGCUCCAUGGGGAUGAACAGGCACGUCAACGAGAACUACAAUCUGACGUGGAUAUUCCCCGUGGAUUCAGGGUUUUACUAUCUGGUGAGGCUCCAUUUCUGCGAGAUUGCGCCGGAGAUAACUGGGAUCAAUCAGAGGGUGUUUGAGAUAUUUUUGAAUAACCAGACGGCUGACGAUCAGAUGGAUAUUAUGGUUUAUGCCGAUGGUAUCGGAGUACCGAUUUACAGGGAAUUCGUGGUGAUGGUGCCGGAAGCAGGGGGAGUCCGCCAAGAGCUAUGGCUGGCGUUGCACCCCAACACCGGAGCUCAUGCCAAGUAUUCCGAUGCUCUUUUGAACGGUUUGGAGAUAUUCAAAUUGAACGCAAGCGACGGAAACCUCGCCGGACCCAAUCCUAUCCCUAAACAUAAGUCUAAAGCCGGUGUGGAUCAAAUUGAACCCAUUCAAACGGCGGAUCGUUGGAAUAAGGUCCGAAAACCGUUGAUUUUCGCCGGAGUAGUGGUGGGCGGGGUUGUUGCCGUAGCUUUGAUUUUAUUUUUCUUCAUUCUCCGGCGCCUGGGAGCGAAGAAGAAGGCAAGGACUGCAGGCACGAGCCGAGGAACAUCCUGGUGGACUCCAUUCUCGCAAUCCGGCGCCGAGUCAACCAAGACGAGAUAUACGCCUCGGCCGUCGGAGCUGUGCAGGCAUUUUUCGCUGGAGGAGAUGCUUUCAGCGACGAACGACUUCAGCGACGAUUUCCUCAUCGGCGUCGGCGGCUUCGGAAACGUCUACAGGGGCGCCAUCCACGGCGGAGCAACCCCAGUCGCGGUGAAACGAUUGAACCCCACGUCCCAGCAGGGAACGCGCGAGUUCCGCACAGAAAUUGAGAUGCUCUCGCAGCUCCGCCACAUCCACCUGGUUUCUCUAAUCGGCUACUGCGCGGAACACGGGGAGAUGAUCCUCGUCUACGACUUCAUGGCCAACGGCGCCCUCCGGGAUCAUCUCUACGGCACUGAUAACCCUCCUCUCCCAUGGAAGAAGCGGCUCGAUAUCUGCAUUGGCGCGGCUAAGGGACUGCACCAUCUGCAUACAGGCGCGAAGCACACGAUCAUCCACAGAGACGUGAAGACCGCCAACAUACUGCUUGAUGAGAACUGGGUGGCGAAGGUCUCUGAUUUCGGAUUAUCAAAGUUGGGACCCGCCGGCGGGUCCGAGAGCCACGUCAGCACCGUGGUGAAGGGCAGCUUCGGGUACAUAGACCCGGAUUACUACCUCCUCCAGCGGCUGACGGAUAAGUCUGACGUGUACUCAUUCGGGGUGGUUCUGUUUGAGGUUCUGUGCGGCAGACCGCCGGUGGAAAAGCACCUAGAGGGGAGAGAGGCGAGCUUGGUGGAGUGGGGAAAGGCCCACUACAAGAGCGGGAGGCUUGAGGAGAUCGUGGACAAUCGGGUGAGGAAUGAGAUUGGGGCGGAGUGUCUAAGGAAGUUUGGGGAGAUAGCGACAAGCUGCGUGGGGGAUCGGGGGACGGAGCGGCCGGCGAUGGGUGAUGUGAUGUGGGGGCUUGAAUUCGCGAUGCAGUUGCAGAGGAAGAGCGGGGAGGUAAAUGAGAUAGAAGAAGGAUUGGAGGGUGAAAGGAGGUGGAAUGGGCAUGGUGGGGGUGGGGGUGGGGGUGGAGGUGAAUCCACAUUGGGGAUGUCCGGAGAUGUCUUCUCUGAGAUCAGAAAUCCCCAAGGCCGAUAAUGGGGCUCAUCGGAUUUUAGCCAUUUUACUUGAAACCCUUUUUUAUUUUGUUAAUAAUAACCAAACCGACCGGUCAUGGAACCAGUUCACUGGUAGGACAAGGUCAAA